AUGGAUUUCUUAGAAGCUAUGCCAGUUACUUUUAAAGAAAUAAUACCUAAUUAUAAUGUACCUGAAAAAUGGAAAGAAGUGACAUUAAACACAGGGGGCACUCACAGUACUUUACAGGACAUAAAAUUACCGCAAAAGGCUGGAGGAUACUGGUACAAAGAUUCAACAAAAGUAUACACUCGAAACCGCUUCAUUUAUUGGCAAACAACUUCAGAUGCUAUUGAACUUUCUGAAGCAUCAUUAGAUAUAAACUUGUCAUUAGCUAAUCUGAGAUGUAAAGUUGCACCUGGGACGCCACCAUUGAGCAGUAUAACUGUAUAUGAGAGAAGCGCAUUUAGAGAUGUGGUUAUACUAGCUGCCACAGUUUCUUCAGUACACAGAUUGAUAUUCCCACAUCCCGGAACAUUAGAUAAAAAGUCAACAUUUGGACCUCUAAGCAGUUCAUCUCCAUCAAUAUUUCAUGAUACAAGUGCUAUAAAUAAUCCAAACAAUUACUAUAUUCUUAAUCAAUAUUCUAAUGCAACUGCAGGGGUUGCUCACACCUGUUCAACACUCCUGCGCGACAACGGUGAGGCAGUAUUUGCACUUGCCUUUGGUCAUGGUGGCGAAGGGGGCUUAUUAAUUGUUAAACUCCCCGUAGCUGGCUCUGCCUUCACCACUUUGUUGAAACGAGAGUCCACAGUCCCCAGGUUUUUGUCUGGUCUUACAGGGGCAUUGAGAGGAAAGAGCAGCACAGAUGGGGUUGAAACAUAUGGGGUGGUGUUAACCAAUGGAUUGGUAGUGGCAAUAUGUGGCGACACAUGUUUGCGUGCUUGGCAAUUAGACGAAGGUGGAGCUCCGAUCGCAGUCUCGUCUCCACUGUCUCAAACCUUAGUCAGACCAAAACCCCCACCACAUGGCCAUAUGUUACAAAGAACAGUUGAAUCAGAUGGCAGUGUGAUAAUGGUGGCAUAUCUGUCUUUCCCUAACGAAUGUGAAUUCGUUGUUAUGAAAAUGCACAAUGGUGGAUCUGGAGGAGUGCGCUUUUCUCAUAUUAGUCGGAUUUUUGGACCACAGUUGGAUCUGCUGGACUACGUCAUUGGUUAUGGAGAAAGUAGUAAUGUGAUAUGGGCUCUAUGGAGUCAACCAGAUGGUGAUACCAUUAUUACCUGUGUGUCGACCGGGGUGGAGGCGCUGUGGCGUGCGGUGGCGUCGCGCGAGGCGGGCGGUGCGCUGCCGGUGUUAGGCUCGCACGACCACUACCGCGACCGACUCCUUGCACCUGCACUUUUCCCGCCCGCUGUCAUUAGAAAAGCUCUCGUGAUUUACAACCGCACUUGGGGAAAUAGCGAUUGCGGGUUAGACGGUGACCUAGGCGAGGCCGCCAUGAACGCAGUGCAGGCGCGCCUCCGUCACCUUACAGCUCGGACAGCUUCGCCCGACCACGCACAUCUCAUGCACAAAUGCUGGUCAGAUUUAUACAGCUGGUGCAUGCAGUAUAUGGAAAGUUUGCAGAAGCCUCUUGGACUUAUGGUGUCCAAGCAUGAAUCUGAUGUUGAAAGUGGUUGGUGGUGUGCAGUAGUGCGUCGCACCGGUAUAUCACUCGUUUGUGAACUAGAACCUCUUGAAAGAAUGAUGCUGUCACCUGAUGCGCAGUUGCUCGAUGGAAGUGGGGUGGAGUCGGGCGAGCUGUCGGAGGACGCGGUGCGCAUCGUGGUGGCGGGCGCUCGCUGGGAGCGCGCCGCGCCGCCCGCCGCCGCCGCCGAGCUGGAGCAGCGCCUGUUCGCGUGCGGCGGCCCGCAGCACCGCCUGCUGCCGCGCCUCCUGCACCUGCUGCUCACGCCCGCCGACCGCUCCACGCCCAUCUUAACUCCUCACCAAAUAGAAGAAUUGACCUCUAUCCUGAAUCCUAUUAAAGACUUGCAAAGUGCUGUUCUUGAGUUGAAUGAUGCUUUGAGACUGGAUGUUCCAGAGAUUGAAACUGUUAAGAGCGAAGAAGGCGAAACUGACGAAUAUGAGUGCCUACUCGCCAGCGAUCUCGGUGUAGCUAUCGUCACUGAAGCAAUACGGCAAAUGGCAGAAAUGAGGUCGCGGGUGGUUCGGGGAGCCUUAUGUGUACUUGGCGCUUACCGGGACGCCGGCGGCGUGCCGGGCGCCGGCCACUGCGCCGUGCACUGGCAGGCCUACCGCGCGCUGCUGUGGCUCCGUGCAGCUACCUUGCAGCCACAGCCUACCGCGCGCUGCUGUGGCUCCGUGCAGCUACCUUGCAGCCACAGUGAGUACCCAUCUACUACGUAUGUACCAGCGGGCUCCGCGCCGGCCACUGCGCCGUGCACUGGCAGGCCUACCGCGCGCUGCUGUGGCUCCGUGCAGCUACCUUGCAGCCACAGUGAGUACCCAUCUACUACGUAUGUACCAGCGGGCUCCGCGCCGGCCACUGCGCCGUGCACUGGCAGGCCUACCGCGCGCUGCUGUGGCUCCGUGCAGCUACCUUGCAGCCACGGUGAGUACCCAUCUACUACGUAUGUACCAGCGGGCUCCGCGCCGGCCACUGCGCCGUGCACUGGCAGGCCUACCGCGCGCUGCUGUGGCUCCGUGCAGCUACCUUGCAGCCACAGUGAGUACCCAUCUACUACGUAUGUACCAGCGGGCUCCGCGCCGGCCACUGCGCCGUGCACUGGCAGGCCUACCGCGCGCUGCUGUGGCUCCGUGCAGCUACCUUGCAGCCACAGUGAGUACCCAUCUACUACGUAUGUACCAGCGGGCUCCGCGCCGGCCACUGCGCCGUGCACUGGCAGGCCUACCGCGCGCUGCUGUGGCUCCGUGCAGCUACCUUGCAGCCACGGUGAGUACCCAUCUACUACGUAUGUACCAGCGGGCUCCGCGCCGGCCACUGCGCCGUGCACUGGCAGGCCUACCGCGCGCUGCUGUGGCUCCGUGCAGCUACCUUGCAGCCACAGUGAGUACCCAUCUACUACGUAUGUACCAGCGGGCUCCGCGCCGGCCACUGCGCCGUGCACUGGCAGGCCUACCGCGCGCUGCUGUGGCUCCGUGCAGCUACCUUGCAGCCACCUUGCAGCCACAGUGAGUACCCAUCUACUACGUAUGUACCAGCGGGCUCCGCGCCGGCUACUGCGCCGUGCACUGGCAGGCCUACCGCGCGCUGCUGUGGCUCCGUGCAGCUACCUUGCAGCCACAGUGAGUACCCAUUUAUUACGUAUGUACCAUCGGGCCCCUCGCCGGCCACUGCGAGCCUACCGCGCGCUGCUGUGGCUCUGUGCAGCUACCUUACCUACCGAUUGUAAUAUCGAUAUCGAAGUAAAGUUAACAUACGAGGAUGCGGCCGGUGGUCCAUCGGAAACGUUCCGGCUGAAGCUGAGUGCACUGGGCGCGGAGGCGCGGGCGAGCGUGUCCCGCAGGAGCGUGGUGGCGGAGUACGUGCGCGUGGCGGGCGGGGCGCGCGCGCGCUCGCACCUGGCCGCCGCACGCGCACACACCGCGUGGCACCACGCGCUGCCCCUGCUUGCUUAUCACUUAGCUCAUCAACUCUGGGCUGUAAGUGGCGGCUUUGACUUCAGUUGGUGGUUAGCUUCUAUAGACCAACCACGCCUUGUUCAAAAUUAUGUGACGAUGCUCGAGCCCUGGUGUGAAUGGAACUCAUGUUCACGUCAAUUUAUUCUUGGGUUGGCAUUGCUGGACUUGGAUGACGCCGAAAAAGCUUACACAGCUUUCUACAAGGCGGCGAAGGGAGUCAGUACUGAGCCAUUUCUGAGGGGGCUUGUAGCCGCGGACUCACGGCUCACACAACAUCAAGCGCUUGUACUGUAUUAUGUGAAGGUGAUAAAAUUGUUUCAAAUUCACGAUGCGGGGGCAUGCGUAGUGAGGCUUGCAGAGACGGCCAUCAGUAUCGCUGACACAGACGAUCCCAAUUUGACGAUGUUCCAGUGGGUGGUGUUCAAGUGGCACCUGUCGAGCGGGCAGACGGCGCGGGCGCUGAGCGCGGCGGCCGCCAUCCCCGCGCGACACACGCGCGAGGCCGCCGCUGCAACGCUACUCACUACGCUCGGGCCGCGGCGCGAGCUGGGCGCGCUGGUGUCGUGCAGCGCGCUGGCCGAGUUCGCCGAGCGCGCCGCCGCCGCGCGCGCCAAGCUGCACGACGCGCACGCGCACAACCCCUACUACGACUUCCUCUACGCGCUCUACAUCUCACGUCAUCACUAUAGAAAAGCGGCGUCGAUAAUGUACGAGCGCGCGGCGCGGUGCGGCGCGGAGCGGUCGGCGCGCGGCGCGGCGCAGCGGCGGCGCUGCGAGGCGGCCGCGCUCACGUGCCUGCGCCUGGCGCGCCCCGGCCACGACUUCCUCGUCCGCCCGCACGCGCACUCCUCGCAGCCGAAACAAGUGCAGGUUAUUGGACCCGAGGAAUUGGCGGCCGAGCUUAGAGAAGACGAUCCCGAUUCUCUAGAUCCAGUGCAACGAGCGCUACUUCAUGGCGGCAAUUUAGACUUUGAUGCUUUGUAUCCAAACCUGAAGGAGGCCGACCCAGAAACGUUGCUGGCGGUAACAAAGAGAGCGAUUAGUACUGAACAGUUUUUGCCACACUGGUUUCUUGAAAGAUAUAUGGAGGUGGAGGGCGCGGGCGCAGUGCGUGCGCUGCUGGGCGGGGGCCGCGCGGCGGAGGCGGGUGCGCUGUGCGGCGCGCUGCUUAAACGCGCGCUGGGCGCGCUCGUGUCCACCGCCCCUCCCCGCGACGCUCCGCUCGGCCUAGCCGACCUCAUCCUGGCCGAGCUGCGCCAUCACACGCAGGACCCCUACGUCGCACAGGUUUACACGGAUUUGCAUAAUUUGGUUGAAGAAUACGUAAAUGUUGUGAAAAGGACUUCUCAAGAUAUGAAGCUGAUAACAUGCAAUAGCAUUAAAAGGUCGGAGUCAUGA